AUGUUUUUGAUUGCGGAGGAUGUAGAUUGCGCAGAGAUCUCUUUGUCAGAAGCGUUGGAAACUUUGAUGAAUGAUGAGAUGGCCGUUGAAUCUGCAACUCUCGAGAAACAGAUCGCUCUUGCAAAGACUCAUCGGUUGUUUGCUCUGUUUGAAGAUUCCGAACUUGCAAAGUUGAAGAGUGAGUUGGGGGAUGAAUAUGUUCCGUGGGGAGAUCCGGAUGGUGAUCAACAAGCUGACUUGGAUUUCUUCGAUCUUUUCGUCGCCCAGCGCCACGAAGAACUCCGAAUUGAAGUUGAACGAGCCAAGUUGCAUCCGAAGUUCCCACUCUUUGAAUCCACAGUCAUGGCAGACAUGAAGGCAGAACAAGGCGACAAAUGUUUGGAAUUUGGUGAUCCCAAAGCCGAUCCACAAAAAGAUCUAGAAGCAUUUGAGAUCUUUGUCAACUGUUGUGAAUCAGAGGAAGCUGAGGAGGCAAAUGAGGUGCCGAAGACCAAUGAGAAAGACAAUGAGGAGGAGGAGGAUGGGGCUGAUAAUGACGACAAAGACAAAGUUAAUGGAGAGCCAGAGACGCAGCUAGGCAGUGAGAUUGCGACAGAAACUCCUGGCGAAGUCCACUAUACACCAUCUCAUGAUUAUCCUGCCCCACCUUCUGACAAGCACCCAGACAUCAACCGAAUUUUGGAAAGUUCGGCUGAGGCUAGGAUCAUGAUCAAGACGGCCAUCGAUCGCAUUGGGCAGAAAGCCUUCUCGGACCGCAUCCGAUCUUUGCCUAAUCACUUGAGCUUUGCCGAUAUGUUUUCAGGGGCUGGCACUUUUGGCAAGGUGGUCGACGUGGUCAUUCGAGUCCUCAAGAAGCAGUUUCCGGAGGAAAUGUCACACAAAGAAGCGUCGCAUGAAUUCCUUUGUGAGAUCGAGAAGGCCAAGCAACACUUUUUGAUGCAAACAUCUUCCGAUAGCACGUGUUGUAUCUUUACUGAUGCCACGAAGAUUUUUGAUGACGAUCGCAGAGAAUGUGCACGGCAUGGUGGCGCUUGCGACUCUUGUUUUGACCGACCGUCGAUGCCACUAUGGACUUUCAAUGGUGGGUUUUCUUGCAAAAGUCUGUCCAAGCUCAACAUUCAUUUCCAAACAAUGCUCACCGCGAUGGCCGAUGAAAAUGAGGAUUCCAGCUCAUUCGUGACCUUCAAGGCCGUGAAAACAUUCUUGGACAAGAUUUCCGUUGAUUUUUUUACAUUGGAGAAUGUGGAUAUGGAGUCAGCGGGAGAGGACGACGCCAGCAAUCUCAACAUGAUUAUCAAGGCUUUGGAAAGUUCAGGGCCUCAUGGAUACCAUGUGCAGGUAUACAAACUUUGCACCUUAGAUUACGGACUGCCCCAGCGACGGGUGCGAUUGUUUUUCGUGGGGCUGCAGAAGUCGACUCAAGAGGCGUCGGCGUUCCGUAACAUCGAGAUGUGGUUGAAUGCUUUCAAAUUGAAAACCCAACCGCCUGAAGCUUGA